GUAAACCACGAAGAAGAAAAAAGACAAAGACUAGUGUUAUCUUCCUCUUGUUCUUAGACACAGUUAUGUAUUUCAGAUAGCAUCGCGUUUGUUUGUGUGUGUUUUUUUUAAUAGUUGUUACUUUGUUUAAAAAAAAAAGACCGGUCCGUGUUUUUAGCUCAAAGCUCUGUUGUCGAACAAUGUCGUCCGCCGUGGACUUCCAUUCUCAGAUUGCCUCCAUCAUGGAGGUGCUCGCUAACGCCGCCGUCGCUGAAAUUUGCAAAGUAGUGGAUGACGGCUACGCCGUAGUCCAGCUGGAAAUGUCUCGGAGCCAGAAGGAGAACGAGUUCCUCCGGCGAAAAAUCAAACUGCUAGAUUUGCAGGUCGCCAGGUACCGAGCUGAGAGAACCAGGGGAUCCGACGGCUCCGGCGGCAGCCGCUUCCCCGGAGUGCGCCUCCUCAAUCGGCAUAGCAGGGAACCACCGACCGGCCCCAAUCAACUGAGCAGACCCAGGUUUCUCAAUCGCAGCCCAGAACCUCAGCGGCCUCUGCAGAAGACCCAGCCAAUUAAUCUGGACCAGGACCCUGAUCAGGAGGUUGUCACCACCACCAAAACAGAGUUGGCAGAGCCUGAGGAUGACGAGCUCCUGAUUGUCAAGGUGGAGGGAGCAGUAGAAAGCAGCGGCAUCAUUCAUGAGCCAGCAGUAGAUGGCUGCAUUAGCACCAGAGGACACGAGGAGACUGUUGUACCGCUUGCUCCUGGGUCAGAGGACGCUGGCGACACCCGAGCGGCCAGAGGUCACAGUGAAACGGAGGUCAGUGGAUCCAACAUCAUCACCCUUGUUGUCAUCAACUCACCUGAAUCAGGCAAUACCCACAAUUCCAAGUUGGAUUUAAGAGAUGGAGGCAUAAGAGCAGGGGAGAAUCAGCUACUGGAUGUAAGCGUUGACAUGAGACAGUGUGGAGACGUGGCGCCACACUGGGAUGUCACAUCACUUUGCUGUGAUGAUGUACCAAAAAAUAAGAAAGAUGAAGAUAAUAAAGUGCCUGUAGCCAACAGCGAGGUCGGUUAUAAUGCUAACGGCAGCCACCAUACGCAGUUCUCUGUGUCAGAGGUGACCGUCAAAAUUGAUGGGCUGAGUUCAGAGAGGGAAGACGAGGAGUGCCAGUGGUCAAACAGAAUAGUUUUAGACCAAACAAACAAGGAAGCAGGCAGCGGGCGAGAUGGACAUGAAAACUUUACACCUUCCAUUAUUCAGCCUGCUCAGCUUCAACCAGCAGAGAAGAAUUCCGUGCAAGUCAAUUUGACAUCCCAGGCAGAGUGUGUGAUUCUCCCCCAGGAUGGGACACCUGGAACAUCUGUUACCCUGAUGACUCCCAACUACAGCACCGCGUACGAGGACUCUGAAACUAAAGACAAACCCCUCUACCAGCCCAGCUCUUCUCACGUUCCACUGCCUGGUCGUCUCACUCAGUCUCAUCGGAACUCCCAGAAACCAUUUUCACAUUUUGAUCAAAGACCUGGAAAUUCAAAAGGUAUGCAUGCGGCUUUCCUCCGUGCCGUGACUAUGGAGCGGCCAUAUAGGUGCACCAGCUGCACCAAGCGCUUCUCGCUGGAAUCUGAACUUCAGAAACACAUGGCGAGGCACAGGAGGCAGAAGCCCUACACCUGUCAGGUGUGCGGAAAAAGCUUUGUGUGUCCGAGUCAACUGGAAAUCCACAGAAAUGUUCAUACAGGCGAAAGGCCCUUCACAUGUUUGGUGUGCAACCGACGCUUUUCCCAUCCCAGCAACCUGAAGAGGCACCAAAAGAAUACAAAUCACAGAGUGGAACUGUCACACUCAGAGUUCAGUGCUCCGACCGAGGAUUGAUGAAAUGAAAGUGUUGCCUACAGAAGUCUUUUUGGCACUGUAUUGAUUCAUUGACUUUAAAAUCUUGACUGAUCCUUUCUUUUUUUACUUCCUUAAACUGUUGUGUCCAGUCUUACUGAGGAGCAAAUUAGACUUGCUGCAAGAGUCAUUCAGCCUCUUUCAAGAACACUUUGGUAAAUUAUCUGUACCUGCUUUUUGUUGUUUUUUUUUUCUUGUGAGUGUGACAUGCAUCAUUCAUCAAACACUCAUAAAUCCAGAUAAUUGCCUAAAUUACAUGUGUAAGACUGCUGACUUCCUCCUGUUUGUAGAUGGUCUUGUGCUUAUGAGGAGUGUUAACAUGAAAGUUUUCUGGUUUUUCUUUUUUUCAGCUAAACCAAUGUAAUUUACAGGAAAAUAGAUGCGUAAUGUCACAUUACUAGAUAUGCUGAUAUGUUCAAACACAUUUUGGCCCGAUCCCAGUAUAUACAGUUUUUUGUUUUUUUUCUCACUGAACACAGAGUCUCUCCUAUACCAUAGUUGACUUGUUACUCUUAUUGUGCUGCUCUACCUCUUGCAGAUGAAAAUGCAACAGAAACACCUGAUCCUACCCUAAAUAUAUCCUUUAUAAAUAAUGCAUUUGAGAUGACAUGAUUACAGUUUACAAAUUCACUCGUGGUAAAACAAGAAAUGGGCGGCACGGUGGCUAGGUGGUUAGCACUGUUGCCUCACAGUGAGAAGGUCCCAUGUUUGCUUCCCGCCUGGUGUGUAGAGUUUGCAUGUUGUCCGUAUGUUUAUGUAGGUUCCCUCUGGCUGCUCUGGUUUCCUUCCAUUUCCAAACACAUGCAGCUUAGCUGAACUGGUGACUCUAAAUUGUCUGUAGGUGAGAGCAUCAAUUUGUUUGUCUAUAUGUGGCCCAGUGAUGGACUGAUGGUCUGUCCAAACAGGAUGAUCCAUGCCUCUCUCCCAUUGACCACUAGGAUCUGGAAUAAGUCUAAUAAUAAUAACUAUAAAUAAAUAAUAAUGACUGGAAUAAGUGGGUUGAGAAAAUGAAUGAACAAAUUUUUUUUUAACUUGAAUGGGUUGUAAAUGAUGCUGGUGCCACAUUUCAUUUUUAUUUUCCGCAUUUCAUACUGUAGACUGUGAGAGAGACCUGAAAACAGGGACUCGAAGACGGUGAGUGAAGACUUUUCCUGCUGGAAUUCAAACAUGGGGACAAGGCAAACCACAUUCUGGAACAUGUGGUACACAUCUUAACCCCUCAGUCAUGGGGCGUGCCCCGCUACGUUUCAUUCUUAAGUAAAACGGAAACAGUAAAAUUUAGAACCACAUGCUGUUUCCUGUGAGCCACAAACAGCAAAGACACACAGUCAGCUCUCUGUUGCACAAAAUAAAUUAAAGAUGUGUCACAUAAGACUGAAAAUCUUCUGUUGCUUCAACAGUUUUGCAGUCAUGCUUCCUUUGAGAUAAUCUGACUAAAUAGUUUAGCUCAGCUAAAACCUGAUUGUUCAGAUCAGGUUAUGAGCACCACCACAUCCACCACACAACAGAACCACUGUGUGACCUGGAUGUUAACUACCCAGACAGACAACCAGUCUGUCCCCACCUCCUGAAAGUAACCACCUAUCAGGUGAUGUGGGAGUGUCCUUUACGACUUGUAGCCGCUGCUGGAAACGGCAAAGCUUAUCAGAUAUUUUUAUCGUCUAAAAGAUUAACUUUUUUUUUUUUUUUUUUUUUUUUGCGAGAAGAAUUGGAAUACAAGAAAGUUGGUGACUGCUGGAUGUGAUCUUCCGGUCAAACGUUACGCGUACCCCCCUUCAGUAAACAAAGCAUAGAAUCUGUGUUACCGGAGUGUGUGUGUGAGAGAUGUAUUUAUCAUUUGCCCAUAAAGUUAAAUUAGCAGUUUUAAGCAGUGUUAAAGCAGCAUGCCAGGUCCACAUUGUUCCGUGGAUGACUCGUGUGGGAUGCAAAAAUGGAAACAGCAAAUUUUCUCAGCACAGGAGUGGAAACAAGCCACUGCACAUUGCAUUUGCGAUUCAUUGUACAUCCUACACACUUUUCCAAUGGAAUUACAAGAUCCCGAAGAAUGUGCUGAGUGAACUAAAUUAGUAAGUUAUAAUUACUGUUUUUACUUUUUAUCUGUUACAUAUCCAACAGAUAUUUGCUAAUGUAAUGUCUCUAUUACUGUAUACUACUGCAUAGAUCUGGUGAUUCAUAAUGUGUAGUACAGUGCACUGCUUAUCAUAUUUAUAUCUACAUGGUGUAUAUUACCGGCAUACAGAAUAUAGGCUAUAUGAAAACCUAGAAAUGGACAAGUCUCAGUCUGUAUAACCUGUGCGUUGCGUAGCCAUGCAAGUUUUGCUUGUCUUUCUGUAUGACAUACCUGUUAAUAUCUACAUACAUACAAGGGGGCUUUUGCGUGCUGCAGAUGUCUCGUUUUCCCAACCAUCUGGUAGUUGUAACGGAUCGGGAAUUGUCAGCGUCAGUUGUCGGUAAAGAUUUAUGUUCUUUUUUUUUAAUGGCCUCUCAUUUGUCUUCUUCAGUUAAAACUACAUUGCCAUUUUGUAGAGUGAGUGCGUCAGCCAAGUUAUUUCUUUUGCUUUCCACCUGCUGAAUUCUGUCAAAACGUCAACUUUCCAGCACUCAAAAUCUGCAAUAUUUACAUUGUUGUCGGAGCUUAUGGUGUGCUUUGGGUAGCUAUGAAUUUCGACCCGGCCCAGCACGCACCGCACAGACUGAGGUGCUGAAUUGGCUUAUUGUAGCUUCCUGUUGGGCCCAACCUUUUGAGGGGGGGCUAGUGACUGUGGCACCUGUGAGAUGAAGUAUUUGUGAGCAUUGUGACCUUCCAGGAAAUAUGGAGGGAAGUUUUAAGAAUUUUUGCAAAUAGAUGAGUUACUCAAAGAAUGUUCGAUCAGUUGUGAUCAUUAAACGUGUGUGUGUGUGUGUGUGUGUGUGUGUGUGUGUGUGUGUGUGUGUGUGUGUGUGUGUGUGUGUGUGUGGAUGAAUGCAUAUUUGUGAAGUGUUUAGGAUACCAUUGUAGAGUCUCGUCUCGUGUGCGUUCCCAGGUCUGCUGGGUGUUACCCUACCAUUUUGAGGGGGGAGCAGCACAUUGGUAUUUCUGUAAGAGCUUUUGCAGUUUCUCUUAGUUUAAUUGUAUCCUCUUCAAAGAUAUCCUCAGUUGUUACUUUCGGGUGCUCUUGCCUAUUGAUUUGCUGGCAUUCUUCUAGUAUAUGUUUUUGGGUUUCUUCCUCAGUAUUGCAGAACCUACUGGAUACAUUGGCAUAUUUAUUCCUAUAGUUGCAUUUUACUGCCAGUAUUCUUGUUCUUGCCAUCAUGAUGCUGUGUGCUUCCAUCCUGUUUUGUUUGUCCAGGUAGGGUUUCCUUUUUCCUGUUUCCAACGUUUUUUACGUUUUCAAUGUAGUGUUUUACCUUUGAUUUGAUCUCUCCUUGUUCUUUAAUAUUCUUCAUUAGCUGUAAACCUAUUUUUCUUUUUAUAUCUCCUUUGCUUGUUUGAUCCAUUAUUUGCAGUUUUUCCCUAGUCUUGUUGACUUCCCUUUUCUAUGGUUUACUGUUGCUGUUGAUUAUAUUUUUCAUUAGGUCUGAUCCUACUGUAUUUAUCCUUUUUUGGAAGUUGACCUUGUUUUUUUGUAUUAUAUGGUCUAUAUCCCAGUGUCUAAGAAAUACAAUCAGCUGAGGUCAGACAUUGUUACUCAGUCAAAUACUAAUUGCAAACACCUUUCAAUUUUUUUUUUUUUCCCCCAUUUCAAGACUUAAAAAAAAAUUCAAAUGGAAUGUACUCUGAAAUGCAUCAGCAAAGAGUUAUAUCUUCCUGAUGUUGCAUCUGUUUUAUGAGGCCAUUGCCCAUUCCUCUUUGCAGCACCUCUCAAGCUCCAUUAGGUUGAGCGUUGGUGCACAGCCAUUUUCAGAUCUCUCCAGAG